AUGCUGGAGCCCACAAAAUCGACCUCUGACAUUUUCAUGAGCAUAAAACCCGAGCACAUGAAAAACAUUGCAUCAGGUGCAAAGAAUCACGAAUACCGGGGCUAUCUACUCCCAUCAAAAGUUCAUCGCAUCUGGUUCUACACUACUGCACCCGUCAAGAGGCUUGAAUACGUUGCUCGUAUUUCUGCAGGGAAAACUCCAGGAAAAGUCCCAGAGAACGGUGGAAUCGGCAAUGUAGAUUUCAACGCCGGUCUAAAAGAAUCCAAGUUCGGAUACGAGAUCAUUGAGCUAUGGAGCUUGAAGAACCCUAUCAGCUUGCAGCAGGCUAUCUCCACCAAGAUCUUAAAAGGACCGCCGCAGAAAUACUGCUGGGUACCGGCUAGUCUGAUCCGAAGCCUUCCACUUAACACACAGCACCAGAUCAUUUCAAAAAGGAAUGAGCAGGUGAAGAAUUCCACCCAAGAAACUACCCUAGCGGAAUUAUUCGCCAAGAAUAAACCGGCACCGGCUAAUGAGAAGCGAGAAGGAAACGUGCUAAAAGCCAAGGAAGAAGAAAUGGGCUAG